AUGUCCAUGACCAAUCCCUACAAUCUUCAUUGUCCUCAUUGUAAUUGUAAAAUUAUGCGAGCUAAUAUUGGACAAUUGAUCACAACAACAUCCUCUUCGUUGGAUCAUCCAUUAUUAUUAUUGGAAUUACCACUCUCAACUCUCUCCGAUACAAAAACAUACAAUGAAUGGUGUUUUGUGAAUGAUAUGUAUGAUUUUGAGAAUAUUGCAUUUACGAAUACUACUAUGAAUACGAAUACUACUACUAUGAAUACGAAUACCACCACCACCAAUCCAACCACAAUUCGUUAUUUAACUUGUGCAGAUUGUGAAAAACAAGUGAUUGGAAUUGCAUGGAUGAAUGAAAAGAAAUUUUAUGUGGCUACUGAAUUAUUAUUAAAGAAAUAG